UAUACCAUGUUCACUUGGCUGAUGCUCUCCUGCCUCUUAUGCUUCUCACGAGCCGAGGUUCAGGAUUAUCAAGUAUGUUACAAGGGAAACAGCGCUGCUGAAAACAGAUGCAUGAAUGUGAAUGUCGACCGCCUUGCCAUGAAGGUUCACUUCCACAUGCUUGAAUCCGAUGACUUCGAUGACGUGGAGACUCUGGAGGAUUAUAGUGUGGGUAUGGCAGCAUCCCGAGUGGUAUCCCAGGGGGCGUGUUACGUGAGGCGACUGGUUAAAUCUUUCGAGCAACAAGUAUCCUUCAUCAAAGGCCAUCAGGACGAUGGCAUGAGGGUUGAGUCUGACGUCAGAGUUUCCGCUGUUUCCCUCGACAAUCCUGAGGAAGAGAUCGGCUCCGAUCUUGCCAACUUCUGUGGCGACCUUCCCGUUUACGAAUUGGUGAGUGAGGGAUAGAAUGAGAGAGUGCAAGACCGUCGUCAAGUGAGCGUCACCUUCACCCGCUGCGUCCUGCUGUGUUUCUUUCCCACCUGCUUCACCACCACGCUCACGCUUCCCAUAUCCGUCUGGUUCUUCUUUGGAUGAAUUAACUGUUUAAAUCACCUCUUACUUUGGCCAUAUAGACGUCUCCUUUACUUGUCGAUGAUAUAUCCUCACUUUUGAUUAAAUGCUAAUG